AAUCAGCCCAUACGCCCACACUGCACCUUGCGGUAGAUCAGUAAUCAGCACAGCUCAGUACCCAGACCCAAGACCAAGAAGCCCUUUCAUCUCUGUAUGACCAUGACAUCUAUGCACAGCAAGCAGUCAAGCGGGAGUGAAAUGGAACCUCAAAUAAAGAAACGCCGUCCAAGAGCCAAAGAAUCAUUUGAAGAACCUCCAUUGUUUGAAGAAAUCUGUACAUACAUCACUUAUGGAGUUCUUGCUGUUGUUGGUUAUGUUAGUGAUUUUCUAAGGUUUGUUGGAGUCAAGGAAGGACCUAGACUGAAGAAUGACAACUUCAAAAUGAACAGGGAUUACGACAUGUUCUACUUUCGCAAUAUAUUUCGCAGAGCUCAGGACUGUUUUGAGCGACCAGUUGCAAGCACUCCCGGACCUUACAUUGACAUUUGGGAUCGAGUGAGCCAUGACAACAACUGGACCUUUGAAUUAAAAAGCUCUUCCACUCGCUGCCUCAACCUCGGCUCAUACAACUAUCUUGGUUUUGCUCAGAGCAGUGGGCCGUGUGCAGAGGCAUCACAGGAGGCCACUCAUCAGUACGGAGCGGGGUCCUGCAGUGCUCGCAAGGAUCUAGGAACACUCUCUAUUCACAAAGAGCUGGAGCAUCUUGUGGCAGAGUUUGUAGGGAAACCAGCUGCUAUGGUGUUUGGCAUGGGCUUUGCAACCAACUCCACCAACAUACCAGCCCUCAUGGGAAAGGGAAGCCUUAUCAUUAGUGAUCAGCUGAAUCACACUUCUCUGAUUCUUGGUUGUAGGCUCUCUGGGUCUUUAAUAAGAACCUUUAAACACAAUGAUAUGGAGGGCUUGGAGAAGGUACUUCGCACGGCAAUCAUUCAAGGACGUCCGCGUACCCGCAAACCAUGGACUAAAAUAAUGAUAGUUGCCGAGGGAGUAUACAGUAUGGAGGGUUCUCUUGCAAACUUGCCAAAGAUUGUUGAGCUCAAAAAGAAGUACAAGGCUUACCUCUACCUUGAUGAGGCUCACAGCAUUGGAGCAAUGGGGGAGACAGGAAGGGGCGUGGCUGAAUACUGGGGGGUGGACCCAGCCGAUAUCGAUAUCAUGAUGGGAACAUUCACAAAGAGCUUUGGUGCAUCCGGUGGAUACAUUGCAGCUACUCAUGAGAUUGUCAGCCAUAUAAGAGCUUACUCCCACGCCACCACCUACGCUACUGGUAUGCCUGGCCCAGUGGCUCAGCAAAUCAUCAGCUCCAUGAGCAUCAUUAUGGGCAAGGAUGGGACAGACGAUGGCCAAAAAAGAAUCCUGCAGCUCGCCGAAAACUCGAGGUAUUUCCGUACCAAACUUCACGAGAUGGGGUUUAUUGUGUAUGGGAAUGAAGAUUCUCCAGUUGUUCCAGUACUCACAUACAACACUACCAAAACAAUCAACUUCUCUCGUAAGAUGCUUGAGAGGAAGAUAGCUACUGUCUGCGUGGGCUAUCCAGCCACACCCCUUUCUGAGGGGCGGAUCAGAAUAUGUCUGUCCGCUGCUCAUACAAGGGAGAUGCUUGAUUAUGCGCUGAAAGAGAUCAGUGAAGUAGGAGACAUGUUCAUGAUGAAAUGUUCCAAGAGAAAAAAGAUGAAGACACAAACUUAGAGUAUUGGAACACUAGAUAGCUACUAGAUUCUUUUUAUAGAUUGUCCAGUAUGAUUGUAUAUGUCCACAAGCCCACCUCUUUUCAAAUAAAAUUUUUUGACCACG